AUGGAGACCAUCAGGCUGGUGAACGCGGCGUUCCGCCCGCAGGGGUCCCCGCACGCGGUGAUCCGGGACGCGAGCCUCACGCUCUGCCAGGGCGAGCUCGUGGCUAUCAUCGGGCCGUCGGGCGCGGGCAAGUCAACCCUCCUCAAGAUCCUUGGCGGCCACAAUGCCGGCAACCUGUCGGGCUACGUGCGCGUGUGCGGCAAGCGUCUCGCUGAGCUGCACGCGUCGCACGGACCGCCCCCGGUCGCGUACUCGCCGCAGGAGGACCUCCUCGUGCGCGCCCUGACCCCGCGGCAGACCCUGGUGUACAUGGCGCAGCUCGCGCUGCCUGACCUGACUAAGGAGGGCGCUGCAGCGCGCGCGGAGGAGCUUUUGGGGCGGUUCGGCCUCCUCGGCUGCGCGGACACGCCCGUCGGCGAGGACGGAUCCCCCGGCGGCAUCUCCGGCGGGCAGCGCCGCCGCCUGAGCCUGCUCACCGACCUCCUGACGCGUCCGAGGUUCCUCCUUGCCGACGAGCCAACCAGCGGCCUCGACAGCACGGCCUCGGAGACGCUCGCGCGCGAGCUGCGGCUCCUCGCCACCCGCGACAACGUCGGCGUGAUCGCCACCAUACACCAACCCUCCGACUCGCUGCUGGCGCACUUCGACCGCGUUGUCGCGCUGCAGCCCUUGGACGUCAACGACGGCCUGAGCGGGUCCAUCGCGUACGCCGGGCCGGUGCACGCCGCGCGCGGGUACCUCGCUGCGCUCGGCUACGACCUGCCGUCGACGCACUCGGUCGCCGAGUGCCUGCUCGGCGCCGUGACGGAGGCCAUUCCGGCGCCCGAACGCCUGCUCCGCGACGCCGUGUUCAGCGUCGCGUCGGCGCUCGCGCGGGAGUGGAGCAGGUCGCGGCUGUUCCUGCUGUUUCAGGCCGCGGACACGGACGGCUCGGGCGGGCUAACGGCGCGGGAGCUGACCGCGGUGGUGGCGUCGCAAUCGGCCCGCCCGCGCGCCGAGGUCAGGGCGGACGUCGAGGGGCUCUUCGGUGCCGCGGGCCUGGACGUGCAGCGCGACGAGAUUGACUACUUGGCGUUCAUCGCCAUGGCGGCCGCCGCAGGGGUGGACGAUGCUGGGCUGGACCUCGAGCGCCUCAGCCACGCCGCGCAGGCGGCGGAGCGCAAGCUGAGCGACGGCAUCGCGGACGGCGUGCCUCGGGACAGGUUCCCUGAGCUCCUCGAGACCUUGAGUCUCGAACUGCCAGCAGCGGCCCAAGACAAGCUGUUUACCGCCCUUGACGCGAACGGCAACGGGCACGUGGAGGCCUCGGAGCUCGUGAUGUGGCUCGCGGCGCCGAUGUGCUGCAGCAUGCUGCAGCGCAACGAUUCGAUGGCCCGCGUGCGCUCGCUGACGCGACACACGGGCUACGCGCCCUCGAAAACGGAAGUGUUUCGCGCCGGCGCGACGAACCCGACGAUGCGGCAGCGAGCAGAGCGCGAGGACUCGGCCAGGGAGAGGCGCAGCAUGCAAGACUCGGUGGGACCCGGGGGACUCAAAGGGCAGAAGUCUGUGUCCACCAAGGCCUUUACGUCGGUCAGGUCGACGCGAAUCCUCGGCAUUCUGAAGAUGGACGCCCUCGCUGCGCUGCGUGUGCAUCCGGACGACAGCGCGUCGGACGCGGGCGACCUGGAGAGCGAGCCCGUCGCGCCGCGCGCGCUGACGAUGCGGGAGCUGCGGGGGCGGCGCGGCUGGGUGCGGCGCGGCGCGGAGUGGGCGCACCAGGCGCGCGUUCUGCUGGCGCGGGAGGUCGCGGGCGUCGUCGGCGCGCCCCGCGCGUUCCUGUCCACGCUGCUGUCCGUCCUCAUCAUCGCGGUCGUCAUCGGGAUCAUGUUUGGCUUCCUGGGCAACAGCCAAGAGCGGGCCUUCGAGCGCGUGGCCGGCCUGUUCAUCGCGCUCGGGUUCCUCGCGGUCAAGUUCGGCCUCGAGUUCGCCACCGCGAUGCCCCCGCGCAAGGCCAUUCUGCGCCGGGAGCUCACAAACGGGUACUACAGUCUUCCAGCAUUCUUCCUCUCCCAAGUCAGCGUGCUGCUGCUCCACGCCGCGCUGCUCGCCCCGCCGUACACCGCCGUCGUCUACUUCCUCGUCAGCGACGCGCGGACCGCCGAGGGCUUCCUGAUCACCCUCGCGGCCUUCGCGAUGAUGGCCGUCGGAGGCGGCGCAAUCGGGAUGCUCUUCGGCGCGCUGAUGCCCACGCCCGGCGCGGCGUCCACGCUGAUGAUCGCGCUCAUCGACGUCUUCGUCCUCUUUAGUGGCUUUCUUUUACGAGGUCCCAGCAUGCCGGCAUACCUAAAGUGGAUCUGGUACAUCUCCCCAACAAACUACGUGCAGCAGAUCCUGGUGUCCGCGGAGUUCGGAUCCUACCAGUUCGGGCCGUGCAGCGCGGCCGCGGGGGACUCCUGCCCGUACGGCGAGGGCGUGGUGCCCGGCGCGGCCGUGCAGUCGUUCUUCGGGUAUGACGACGGGGACACACCGCUGAACUUCGGGGUCCUCGCCGGCAUGGUCGCGGGCUACCUCGUCUGCGUGUACUUCGUGCUGCGGCAAAAGGUGCUCCUCGAGGUGCUGAACGCGGUGAGCGAGUCGGUCGUCAUGGACAAGUUUGGCAUUCUGCGCGGGACGCGGUCGUUCGAGCUGUUCGGCGCGCGCAAGCAGCACCGCCGCGUCAUCGAGGCUGCCGCGCUGGAGGCUUGCCGCGAGCGCAUGCAGCGCCUCCCGCCGCUCGCGGACGUCGUGUUUGGCGUCAGCGGCGCGGCGGAGGCUGCUGGCGUCGCGGGCGACCGACCAGCCGGCACGAUGUUCCUCCGGCCUGUCAGCGUGAGCGGCGGCGAGCUGCAGGGCGCCACGGACGUGCGCCUGGAGCUGCGGUGUGCAGCCACCGAAAGCACACACCCCUUCCGCGCGCACCACCGCACGAGCCCCGCUCACUGCGAGGACGGCGCGCAGUGGCGCUGGUCGGACGCCGCGUGGCAGGUGCCCGUCACGGCGGCGACCGCGGCCACGGGCGUUGCCGCGACGCUUGUGGUGAGCAGCAAGGAUGGCGUGCCGCUGUCCGCACCGCUGCCCAUGGCGGUGCUCGAGGGCGCCCGCCUGCAGCCCGGUGCGCCGAUUCCGAUGCCUGAGGACUUGACCGUCGUCACGGUUCCGGUGGGCGGAGCGGAUGGGGCCUCGCUGCGCGUCGCGGUGUCGUACUUGGCGGCAGAGGACGACGCCGUGGUGCGAGACCCGUCGCGCGUGCGUUCGGACGCUCUGCGGAUAGCGUACGAGCCCGGCGUGGUAACGGCGAAGUUCGGCAGCGCGGAGCGCGGGCGCGCAGAGAUGAGAGCCUGGGUACAGGCGCAGGUGGAUUCCGGGGCGAUGCGGACCGGGGACCUCAUGCUCCACGCCAUGUCGCUCAAGGAAUGCCCGGACGCCACGUGGAAGGCGGUGGUGCUGGGCGUCGACUGGGUGCUGGACAACCUGAUGCACGCUGAAAUAGUUAUCGUGGUUGAUCGGCCCGCAGCGCUCGGCGGCGGGAAGGCUGCGUUCAUCGCGGCGGUCAGCUCGAACAACGACGACAACCGCGACGCCAUCUCCGCGGGCUUCCACCGCAACGCCGUCUACAUCUGGCCGCUGGAGGAACGCCUGGAUAUUCCGAUUGCGAUGUUUUGGCACAGAAUGGUCCGGCCGCUGUCGCCGACGCAAGCGCGCCGGCUCGAGGCCUUCGUGCUCGACCGCUGGGCGCACAACGCCGCGUACGCCGUGGACACGGCGUACCGCGUGCCCCUGCGCGCGCUGCCGUGCAUGCACAGCGCCGAGCUCUCCAGCGAGACACUCGACGAGUUCACCUGCGCGACGUUCGUCGCGGCGGCCUGCAAGGCCGCGCGCCUCCCAGGCAUGGACGGCCUGAACACCGCGGCGUUCGCGCCGUGGGACCUCCUGCGCACGGGGCUGUGGCGGAUUGAGCGCGUCGUGGUCAAGGUGCUGCCCAACCUGGUGCACCGGUACGGGAACGCGGUGUGGGACCGCGAGAAGGCGGACGGGGGCGGUCAGGAAGGGGUCGGCGAGGGGGACGACGAGUGA